CGGCCGCUGUUAUGCGUAUUCCCGUAGACCCGAGCACCAGCCGCCGCUUCACUCCCCCCUCCACGGCCUUCCCCUGCGGCGGCGGCGGCGGCGGCGGCGGCAAGAUGGGCGACGGCGGCGGCGCCCUGGGCGCGCAGGCGGCCGUGGGGCCCGGACGCGCCCGGCCCGAGGUGCGCUCGAUGGUGGACGUGCUGGCGGACCACGCGGGCGAGCUCGUGCGCACCGACAGCCCCAACUUCCUCUGCUCCGUGCUGCCCUCCCACUGGCGCUGCAACAAGACGCUGCCCGUCGCCUUCAAGGUGGUGGCGCUGGGGGACGUGCCCGACGGGACGGUGGUGACGGUGAUGGCGGGCAACGACGAGAACUACUCGGCUGAACUGCGCAACGCCUCUGCCGUCAUGAAGAACCAGGUGGCCAGAUUCAACGACCUGCGCUUUGUGGGGCGCAGUGGGCGAGGAAAGAGCUUCACGCUGACCAUCACCGUGUUCACCAACCCCACCCAAGUGGCCACCUACCACCGAGCCAUCAAGGUCACUGUGGACGGACCCCGGGAGCCCCGACGGCACCGGCAGAAGCUGGAAGACCAGACCAAGGCGUUUCCCGACCGCUUCGGGGACCUGCGCAUGCGGGUGGCCCCCAGCACGCCCAGCCCCCGCGCCUCGCUCAGCACCGCCAGCCACUUCAGCAGCCAGGCCCAGACCCCCAUCCAAGGCACCUCGGACCUGAACACCUUCCCGGACCCCCGCCAGUUCGACCGCUCCUUCCCCUCGCUGCCCGCCCUCACCGAGAGCCGCUUCUCCGACCCCAGGAUGCAUUACCCGGGCGCCAUGUCGGCCGCCUUCCCCUACAGCGCCUCGCCCUCGGGCACGGGCCUGGGCGGCCUGGGCGUGGCGGGCAUGCCUGCUGCCAGCCGCUUCCACCACACCUACCUCCCCCCGCCCUAUCCCGGGGCCCCCCAGAGCCAGAGCGGCCCCUUCCAGACCAACCCCGCGCCCUACCACCUCUACUACGGCGCCUCCUCCGGCUCCUACCAGUUCUCCAUGGUGGCGGCGGGCGGCGGCGAGCGCUCGCCCACCCGCAUGCUGGCCUCCUGCCCCAGCAGCGCCGCCUCCGUGGCCGCCGGCCACCUCAUGAACCCCAGCCUGGGCCAGGCCGACGGCGUGGAGGCCGACGGCAGCCACAGCAACUCGCCCACCGCCCUGAGCACGCCGGGCCGCAUGGACGAGGCCGUGUGGCGGCCCUACUGACCGCCCGCCCUGCGGGGGACUCGCCACCGCCCAGACCCGGCCCUCGGCCGGGCCCGCAGAGGCCCCCCCGGGAAGCCCGGCCCCGUGGCUGCACAGACGCCCCCGGGACACAGCCUGGCCCAGACCCUCCGCCUCUCCUCCCACCGCUGCCCAGCUGGGAAGAAGCUGGGGGGGGGGCCCUGUUGCCCACAGACGCCCCAAGCUCCAUGGGCCCUGCCUGCCCUUUGCAUUGACACCCACUGAGUCAAAACUGGAAAGCCUCCCCCCCCCCACCCGGUGCGGGAUUCUGUCCCUGUGGAGGGGGUGAGGACGCCCCCAGCCGGUCCUCCGCCUGCCCCGCAGCUCCUGCCAGCCCGCAGCAGACCCGCCGUGGCCCCUGGUCCAGGGCCCCCCACGCAUCCCCCCCAGCCCCCACCGCUCCUCCCGCCCAGCAGGCCUCCGGGGGGGGGGGGGGUCUGACUGAUGCCAUGUUUUGGAGAGAACUUGAAGGGCAGACAGGUCCCAGCAGAACGCACUGGGGAGACAGGGAGGGGACAGGCCACUGUCCGUGUCCCCUCCCUAUCUUCCACGCUGUGUGUGGCUCCUCCCCACGGCCCCCCGGGAAGCCCAGCCGCACCCUCCAGGCCCCGGCCCACGGCUCUCCAACCCAUUUGCACUCCAAGAGCAAACAUGAACCAAAACCAGUUUUUAAAACUGAUUUCAGGAAAAGCAGCUUCACCAAACAUUUUAAAACAAGGCCUCUUACAGAAAAAAAAAGCUCUUGUGAACAGAAGGCAGGCGUGGGGCUGCCGGGACCCCCGCCUCCCUCCCCUAAAGUCUCUCAGGUCGGGGAGGGGGAACCCAGGGAGGCGCCAGGCCCUCACAUCUGCACCCAGCACCCGGAGGGCAGGCCUCGCCCACCCGCUCAGGCUGAAGGCCCUCACUCAGUUCUAGUCCUAGGAAGUCCAAGAAGGCUUGCCAGGGCGGGGAACCUCCUCUGUGUAUGAACCACAGCCGCCUCAGUGCCCGGCACUCUCCUGCUCUAGUUGCUCUGGUCCUGCCCUCCCUGGGCAAAGCAGUCGCCCACCUCUCCACCCUGGUGGCUGGGGUGUCCUGCGGGCUCUCUGGCCCCCUCUCAGGAAGCAGCCCCUUGCCCGCCUGCCCUGCUCCUCAC